GUGGCACUGACUCAGUUUAAAAACGAAUUCGCUAUUACAGAGACAAGGCUAGUUCUUUAGCGAGUAAACAUUUUUUUUUUUGAUGACGUCAUCUGAUUCGUCAGUGUAAACAGUCGCCAGUUGUAUUUUGUUUUCCGACUUACGCGUAAAUGUUCCUGAAAUAAAAAACCGAAAAUGGUUCAAUGCGCUGUGAGCGGGUGUAUAAAUUAUGAAAAUGACAUUAUCGGGCCAAAAAAAAGAUUCUUUCGCUUUCCGAAAAACCGAGAAUUGUGUUCUUUGUGGAUAAAUGUUUGCGAAGCCGACAGUGAUUUGAACGUAGCCAAGGCGAGGGUAUGCUCCGAUCACUUUUUAGAUGAGGACUACCGAUUGAAGGACAUUCUACUAAACACCGUAUGGAGCAAACGAAUGCUGCGGGAAGAUGCGGUUCCAAGCCAAUUAUUGCCUGCGGGAAACAAUUUUGUUGCGAAAAACGAAAUCACCGUAUCCGAACGGAAGGAAAUCGUACAGAAGGCUAUUUCUGAGUACGACAGGAUCAUGAUGUGCAUCGUCCCUGGAUGCAAUGCUUCUAAUCAAGAGUACCUUAUAGAGUUUCCGCGGAGUCAAAAACUUGCGGGCCGAUGGAAGAGAGCGAUCGAGCUUGGCACCGGUCAAUCUUUGCGGCUUUACGAUGAUUCCAAUAGACAGCUGCAGCAACUCUGUUUGGCUCACUUUGAUGCGGAAAACAAUCCGGGAUUGAUUGGUUAUCAGGAACCGUGUUGUUUCAAAAAUAGGAAUGGCGAAGAGGUUCGCGUAUACAGCUGUCGGCUUUGCAUGAACUUUGACUUUCGCGCACGUCUUUUCGCCACAUCCGGUGAGAUAGAACAUGUGUCACUAGCGAAUACGAUCAGGACCGUUAUGAAGGUUUCUCUUGGCGGAGAUGAUUUUUUGACGCGUAUCUGCGAAGUAUGUCUAGUAAGAGUAGAUAUAUUGGGACGUUGGGCAAAAGAAACACUCCAACAAGAAUUCAACUUCCGAGAAUUAAUGGAACUGGCCAGUAAAGAGUCACAAACUGAGCUCAUGGUCAAGGUGGAAACUAUUUUAUCAGAAACGAAGGAAGAAUUAACAGUGAAAGCUACCCCACCUGAUGAUAGAACUUCUAUAGCGGACUCUGAUGAUGGCGCGAAGAAUGAAAUUCCAGCUGUAUCGAACCAACUAGCUUGCAAUACACAGUACUGCUCUUCUGAGGACGAUAUUCCAUUAUCAAAAUUACAGAAGAAGGAUAAAAAAUCAAUUGCUGUCAAUAAGAAAGUGGAAAACACAGCCAUGAAAGAGCGUAGAAAGAUAUCCAAAGUUAAAUUAGACCCUUUCAAACAUAGUAAAAAGAAGCGUGGCCGAAAACCAACAUCUCCAAAGCCGAUACGACAAGAGUAUGUGAGGCAUAUUUUAGCUAAGAAGUGCUACAUUUGUAACGUGUUUCUUGAAGACAAUAAUGAACUUGUAGCUCACUUAACGACUACUCACGCCGGAAAAAUUGACUAUAGAUGUGGAGCAUGUGAUAAGACCUUUGGAAAAGUCACAAUUUUCAACCGUCACCUAAGCUGCCAUGAUAUUUCCGUAAGACCAAGAAAAUGCCAUUUCUGUAGCUUAUGUUUUAGCGCCAAAGAAAGCCUGAAAAUUCACGAAAAUAGAGAGCACGGAACAAACCAUGUCCUACCAAAACGGUACAAACGCCGGAACAAAGUUUAUCAAUGUGAAACGUGUGGAAAGAUUUUCCAGAAUGAUUCGCUACUUAAACAGCAUGACCAGUUUCAACAUAAAAAGCUUCCAGCUGCCUGCUGUAAGUUGUGUGGAAGAACUUUUGCCACGAAGGCGAACCUGGAGAAGCAUUCUAUCGUCCAUUCCAGGGAGCGUCCAUAUAAAUGUGAAAAAUGUCCAUCAUCAUUUAAGACUUCGUAUGCACUGACUAAGCAUACACUUCUCCAUCAAAAUGUUCUACCGUAUGAAUGUCGUUACUGUGAUGAACGUUUUCGUACCAUUGCAACAUAUGCCAAGCAUCGUUUCCUGAACCAUAAGAAUCAAAUACUAGAACAGAAUCAACGGAGAACGAUGAAUCGGUACAUAACUUGCGCAAUCUGCUCGGACGUGUUUAGCCGAUCGAUUGAUCUCCAUAAGCACAUCAACGAGAUCCAUUCGGAUCAAGUGUAUCCAUACAUAACCUGUCCGGAGUGUCCGCAACAAUUUCUCCAACAGCAGCAGCUCGCGAUCCACAGGAACAUCCACACCGAUCAGUUCGUUUGUAAUAUCUGCGACAAACGCCACGCUUCCGCCAUUCAGCUGAAAGAUCACAUGGAAACCCACAAUCCCACCCAACCGUGGCAGUGCACUGUCUGUCUUAAACGGUUCAGUUUGCAGUCGAACUUUUCUCGCCAUCGACUUAUCCACCAGACCGAGAAGCGUUUCAAGUGCGAUCUAUGCGAGAAAGGGUUUUCCCAGAAAGGUCAGCUCAUGAAUCACAGACGAACGCACACAGGCGAGCGACCGUUUACUUGUCCUAUCUGUGGGAAAAGCUUCGGCGAUCAGCCCACGUUUUACAAGCAUCGGAAACGAUGUAUGGACAAAGAAUCAACAGUAGGGAGGCGGACGUGCAAGAACGAAACGAGUGGGUGUGAAUUAGAUAAUCUAUUUUGAGGAUACUUUUAUAUAGUUUAUAUCAGGUCGUAUGAAUAAAACAAAAAGUAUCUACUCAUUCUGUCCAUUACUACCAAGUUUUUACCAAGAUUCUGAAACGAUAGUUGUUUCGUUCUUGACACUUUCAUGACAAGACGUGAGACGAGUAGCGAGACGUAGCUUUCAGAAUUAUUUAAUUUUUGUUCGGUUGUGUGGUUAUGGUUUCAUAUCAACUCGCUGAGUAAAAUAACUGAUGGAAAAAAUAAGCAAAUAUAUAUCCGUGAAAAAUAGUGCAUUCUCUUAAUCUAAUUUAUA